AUGGGUGGAGCCCUGGGGUCCGCUCUGCUGCUCACCUCACUCCUCGGUGCCUGGGCAGGGCCAGGCCCAGGGCAGGGCGAGCAGGCAGUGACAGUGGCCGUAGUGUUCGGUAGCUCAGGGCCACUGCAGGCCCAGGCCCCUGCUCGUCUCACCCCGCAGAACUUCCUGGACCUGCCCUUGGAGAUCCGGCCACUCACUGUUGGAGUCAACAACACCAAUCCCAGCAGCCUCCUCACCCAGAUCUGUGGGCUCCUGGGUGCAGCCCGUGUCCACGGCAUCGUUUUCGAGGACAAUGUGGACACCGAGGCCGUGGCUCAGCUCCUGGACUUCAUCUCCUCCCAGACUCACGUGCCCAUCCUCAGCAUCAGUGGGGGCUCUGCUGUGGUCCUCACCCCCAAGGAGCCGGGCUCCGCCUUCCUGCAGCUGGGCGUGUCCCUGGAGCAGCAGCUGCAGGUGCUGUUCAAGGUGCUGGAGGAGUACGACUGGAGCGCGUUCGCCGUCAUCACCAGCCUGCACCCGGGCCACGCGCUCUUCCUGGAGGGCGUGCGCGCCGUCGCCGACGCCAGCUACCUGAGCUGGCGGCUGCUGGACGUGCUCACGCUGGAGCUGGGCCCCGGCGGGCCCCGCGCGCGCACGCAGCGCCUGCUGCGCCAGGUGGACGCGCCCGUGCUGGUGGCCUACUGCUCGCGCGAGGAGGCCGAGGUGCUCUUCGCCGAGGCGGCGCAGGCCGGCCUGGUGGGGCCCGGGCACGUGUGGCUGGUGCCCAACCUGGCGCUGGGCAGCACCGACGCCCCCCCUGCCGCCUUCCCCGUGGGCCUCAUCAGCGUCGUCACCGAGAGCUGGCGCCUCAGCCUGCGCCAGAAGGUCCGUGACGGUGUGGCUAUCCUGGCACUGGGUGCCCACGGAUACCGACGUCAGCACGGUGCCCUGCCUGCCCCGGCUGGGAACUGUCACAGCCAUCCCGGGCCCGUCAGUCCUGCCCGGGAGGCCUUCUACAGGCACUUACUGAAUGUCACCUGGGAGGGCCGAGACUUCUCCUUCAGCCCUGGUGGGUACCUGGUCCGGCCCUCCAUGGUUGUGAUCGCCCUCAACCGGCACCGCCUCUGGGAGAUGGUGGGGCGCUGGGACCAUGGCGUCCUCUACAUGAAAUACCCGGUGUGGCCUCGCUACAGCACCACCCUGCAGCCCGUCGUGGACAGCCGGCACUUGACGGUGGCCACCCUGGAAGAGAGACCUUUUGUCAUCGUAGAGAGCCCUGACCCCGGCACGGGUGGCUGCGUACCCAACACAGUGCCUUGCCGCAGGCAGAGUAACCACAGCUUCAGCAGCAGAGACACAACCCCCUACACCAAGCUGUGUUGUAAGGGCUUCUGCAUCGACAUCCUCAAGAAGCUAGCCAACGUGGUCAGGUUCUCCUACGACCUGUACCUGGUGACCAACGGCAAGCACGGCAAGAGGGUGCGCGGAGUGUGGAACGGCAUGAUCGGCGAGGUAUACUACAAGCGCGCAGACAUGGCCAUCGGUUCCCUCACCAUCAACGAGGAGCGCUCGGAGAUCGUAGACUUCUCGGUGCCCUUUGUGGAGACUGGCAUCAGCGUGAUGGUGGCUCGCAGCAAUGGCACUGUCUCCCCCUCGGCCUUCUUGGAGCCCUACAGCCCCGCCGUGUGGGUGAUGAUGUUCGUCAUGUGCCUCACCGUGGUCGCCGUCACCGUCUUCGUGUUCGAGUACCUCAGCCCCGUCAGCUACAACCAGAACCUCACCAAGGGCAAGAAGUCCGGUGGCCCGUCCUUCACCAUCGGCAAGUCCGUGUGGCUGCUGUGGGCGCUGGUCUUCAACAACUCCGUGCCCAUCGAGAACCCCCGGGGCACCACCAGCAAGAUCAUGGUCCUCGUCUGGGCCUUCUUUGCUGUCAUCUUCCUUGCCAGCUACACGGCCAACCUCGCCGCCUUCAUGAUCCAGGAGCAGUACAUCGACACGGUGUCGGGACUCAGCGACAAAAAGUUUCAGAGGCCUCAAGAUCAGUACCCACCCUUCCGCUUUGGCACAGUGCCCAACGGCAGCACGGAGAGAAACAUUCGCAGCAACUACCGAGACAUGCACACUCACAUGGUCAAGUUCAACCAGCGCUCUGUAGAGGACGCCCUUGCCAGCCUGAAGAUGGGGAAGCUGGAUGCCUUCAUCUACGACGCCGCUGUCCUCAACUACAUGGCGGGCAAGGACGAGGGCUGCAAACUGGUCACCAUUGGGUCUGGCAAGGUCUUUGCCACCACUGGCUAUGGCAUUGCCAUGCAGAAGGACUCCCACUGGAAGCGGGCCAUAGACCUGGCACUCCUGCAGUUCCUGGGUGAUGGAGAGACACAGAAACUGGAGACAGUGUGGCUCUCCGGGAUCUGCCAGAACGAGAAGAACGAGGUCAUGAGCAGCAAGCUGGACAUCGACAACAUGGCGGGGGUCUUCUACAUGCUGCUGGUGGCCAUGGGGCUGGCCCUGCUGGUCUUUGCCUGGGAACACCUGGUCUACUGGAAGCUGCGCCACUCGGUGCCCAAUACAUCCCAGCUGGAUUUCCUGCUGGCUUUCAGCAGGGGCAUCUACAGCUGUUUCAACGGGGUGCAGAGCCUCGCCAGCCCCACGCGGCCUCCCAGUCCGGACCUGACGGCUGAGUCGGCCCAGGCCAGCGUGCUGAAGAUGCUGCAGGCGGCGCGAGAGAUGGUGAGCACGGCGGACGUGAGCGGCUCCCUGGACCGCGCUGCGCGCACCAUCGAGAGCUGGGGCGGCAGCGGCCGCCGUGCGCCGCCCCCGCACGCCUGCCCGGGGCCUCCGCGGGCCCCGAGCCCCGGCACCUGGGCAGCGCCUGGUGCGAGCCGCACGGCGCUGGUGCGCAGGGCCCAGCAGCCGUCGGGCCGUCCCCCCGCGACGUGCAGGGCGCCUCCGCCCGGCGUCUCCCGGGUGUCAGGCGGGGCGCCGGGGCGGAUCGAGCACCCCGGACGGUACCUGUGGGCCUCCGUGCGGCGUCCACUCCCAGAGCGCCACCUGUCCCCCGCGCACUGCCACUUCGGCGGCUCCUUCCCGCGGGCCCAGCGGUGCGCGCGCCCCUUCCUCCCACUCUUCCCGGAGCCUCCGGAGCCCGACGACCUGCCCCUGCUCGCGCCCGAGCAGCUGGCCCGGCGGGAGGCCCUGCUGCGCGCAGCCUGGGCCAGAGGCCCGCGUCCUCGCCACGCUUCUCUGCCCAGCUCGGUGGCCGAGGUCUUCACGCGGCCGGGGCCGUGGCCCGCCGGGUGCACCGGCCACGCUUGCGCCUGUCCCCACCGCCGGCCGGCCUGCAGGAGUUUGGGGCCGGCACCGUCUAGGCGGCUGCCGUCUUACCACGAGGCCUGCGGGGAGAGCCUAGCAGUUGCGGUGCCCGCCUGGCAGCCCCGGAAGCCCGUCUGCCUGCACGCUCAGGCCCACCUGCCGUUCUGCUGGGGCACUGCCUGCCCCCACCUCCCACCCUGUGCCAGCCACAGCUCCUGGCUCACUGGAGCCUGCGUGCCUCCAGCACACAACGGCAGGACCCUGGGGCUGAGCAAAGGCUACAGGGACAGCGGGGCGCCGGAAGAGGUCGGCAGGGGGCCCUGUGGGACACAAGGGUUCCCAGGACCCUGCACCUGGAGGCGGAUCUCCAGUCUGGAGUCAGAAGUGUGAGGCGCCAGCUUUUCCCAUAACUGUUCUGAGGGACUCUCUGACUGGCACUGCCA